AUGAACUUGUCCCGACUCGUAUCCAAACAGGUUGGAGAGUUUGCAUUGAUUAUAGGAAGCUUAACGCCACCACAAGGAAAGAUCAGUUCCCUUUGUCGUUCAUUGAUCAAAUGCUUGAAAGGAUUUUAUAGACGUUUUAUCAAAGAUUUCUCAAAGAUUUCAACACCCUUGUGCCGACUUCUACAAAAGGAUGUGCCGUUUGUGUUUGAUGACAAAUGUGAGAAGGCGUUCAAUCACCUCAAAGAAUUGUUAACUUCGGCACCUAUCAUUGUUCCACCAAAUUGA